AUGCAGCGUAGUUUGCAUGAGCUGGUACAUUGGUCAUCCAAAUGCAUGGAUUUUAUAGCAGUCAUCCAAAUGAAUAAAGUCCAGUUAACAUUGCUGUUUUAUCAGCUCAUAGUUAUCACUACCGCAAUCAAAGUGAUCAACAAUGGCUUAGCACCACCUGAAAUUGUCCAUUCACCUAUAAGAACUAAACCUCGAUGUAUUGUCAAAGCAGAACCGCUGGAUCUGGUAUUCAUGCUGGACAGCUCAGGUUCAUUGAAAAAUAAAUUUCAAGACGAAAUCGAUAUCAUUCGUCGGAUUGUCAAUCAUGUUACCAUCGGAGAACCCGCUACACGGGUCAUGCUUAUACAAUUCAGCGGUGUUCAACAUUUGGAGUUUAAUUUCAAGAAAUUCAAAGAUCGCGACGAUAUUCUUGGUGCCCUAGAUGUAUUAAGGCAUGUGUCAGGCAUAACACGAAUGGGUGAUGCAUUUGAAUACACUCUUAGUAUGCUGAAUGAAAAAAAUGGAAUGAGAUCUUCGGAUGUACCGAAGAUAAUAUAUUUAUUAUCGGACGGUCGAACGCAUGAUUAUCCCAAGGAUACAGAAAUGGCAGAACAACUGAGACAACAAAUUGACAACGUUGACAUCUACGCUUAUGGAACUGGUGAAUAUGUUGCUAUAAAUGAAUUGCUUGCUAUUACCAAGGAUCCAAAGAAAAUUGUAACAAAUCAAAAUUUGGACGAUUUGGAACCAAUGUUUGAUCGCUGGCGGGGUACUGAAGUUUGUGAGAAAUUACCUGUUUGCGUCCGUGGAUCUGAUAAGCCUCUUGAUUUGAUCCUAAUCGUUGACUCUUCUGAGUCUGUUGCUCACCUUUUUGAUGAACAAAUCAGAUUUGCAGUCGAACGAAUCGUUCGGAAUAUAAAUAUACAUCCAGAUGCUGUCAGGUUAGCUUUGAUCACUUAUUCUGGACAAGCUUACGUUCAUUUCAAGUUCAAUGAUCCACAAAUUGGUAACAAUACAGCAGUGAUAGGACAUUUAAAUGCGUUGAAAUCAAUUAAAGGUACCACAUCGACUCACAUCGCAUUACAUCAGGCUUACAAACUAUUAAUGGAUACUGAUAGUGGAAAUGGAGCACGUGAAGGAGUCAAAAAGAUGAUUAUCAUAUUCACGGAUGGACAUUCGCAACAAUCACCACAGGAUAUGGCAUUACGUCUUAAAAAUGAAAGCGUAGAAAUUUUCGCAAUAACGUUGACCCCAGCACCAUAUGCAGAUGAGGGCGAAUUACUAAGUAUCACGCAGAAUACAGAUCAUAUUUUUACGCCCGUUAAUUUAAAGGAUUUCGAAACCAAAUUUCUCCCGUACAUUGGUUUUGGUUGUGUUGGUGUAGAUUUAGGACCUGAUCCGGAACCAAGGAUUCGUGGUGCCACCGAUGUCGUCUGUGAUGGAAGUUCUGUUACAUUCACUGUCCGAACACAAUGGCCAAUGACAGGCCUUAUGUAUGCACAGCAAUAUCACGAUGAUAUAAGAUGUGUAACUGAUGGAUCAUCCAGGGAAAUCUCGAUCACAAUUUAUGAAGGCACAUGUGGUCUUAGUAAAACACCAGCUGCACGACGCGAUGGCUAUACGUUCAAAAUUACUGUGAUAUUGCAAUUCCAUCCAGUUAUCAUGACAAGAGCCGAUCAAGGUCUGAGUAUAUCCUGCUCCUAUCAACAAUCAGUGCCACGAGAAGAAGUGGGUCGUUCAUCAAUUAAAAAGCUUAGUGAUACUGAAUGCUCAUAUCGACUUCAUCGAUUUGCGCCUGAUCAAUGUGUUCCUUUAGAUGCUAAAGUUGGUGAAUCGUUAUUUCAUAGAUGGGAAUGCAACAGUCCGUCAAAUUACCAGUAUUUGGUACAUGAUUGCUUUGUUAAAUCAGAAACGAAAAAUGUACUGAUCAUGGAUUCAAACGGAUGUGAAGUAGACCCAUAUUUUUUGGAAACUCCUGAUUACACGAAAUUUUCUGAGAAUUGGAAAAAUGAUGCGUAUGUUUUCAAGGAAAUGAGCGUAUUCAAGUUCCCGGGAGAGGGAAAUGUCGUCUUUCAGUGCCAGAUAUCAUUAUGCGAUAUGGAAGGAGAUGAUGCAUGCAAAGCCAUGAUUCCUCCACGCUGCCCGCAUAAUUCGACGUUAAGGCUGAAACGUGAAACGCAAGCUAAGAUAAAACCAGGAUUUGCAAUAACAUUUAAUGUGGAGACCCGAACGUUGAAUGUUUUGGAAAACGAAUCUACUCGACCAGCUACUCCUAUCAAGUAUUGCGAUGUCAGAGUGUAAAUUGUGUUCCAGUGCAACCUCACUCUAUGAAUUCUAGCUUUGAGUCCAUCAAAUAAGCAGUAAAAGCCUUAUAAAAAAAGGUUUUUUUGAGUAGCUAAAGAAUUCAAGGUCUCAGAAAGGUACUGGUAGUGUUUCCAUUCAUUUGAAUUCUGAAACAUUCGAAAGAACUUGCAAUUUUGAAUAAGAAAAGCUAUUUAAUAUCAAAAAUAUAUUCAUUUGUUUUAUGACAUUCAUUCAUUGCAGC